CAAAAUUGCAAUCACUCGUUGAUGCAGGAACACAUCCAGAGUCAUAUUACGAUAAAUUAUUGCAUCCUACUAGUGCUCAAUUAAGAAGAUAUUUAUUAUCAAUUACUCGUAAAGAAACAAGGUUACUUGCCAAAAUUCAGGACUUGUUAUGUUUGCCUAGACCGAUAUCUCCACCAAUUCGUCGCUUAUCCGUGGGAUCUCAUCAUCUAGAAUACGGUUUUCCAUCAACACAUGCUACAAAUGCGGUAUCAAUUGCACUCUACUUUCUAACAAGCAUAUAUGCUGUCGAAUCGAGUAAUGUACUUAAAUUUGUUGCUGUCGGUAUGAUUAUUGGAAGUUGGAAUUUUUCAAAAUCUGGUUUCUCGAAUAAUGGUGAUGUGCCUUAUGAUUAUAAUUCUACUGGGCUUGUUAUAACAAUAUCACGAAUUAUUUUGG